AUGGAGGAAAACUUCUUGUGGAACCGGAUAUCCAGAAAUUUGGGACUGGUUGAGUAUCUUCGCAUCACAUCUAUUUGUGAUCUCGGUUUCAGACCAUUUUUCCAUUCAUGGCCACCAAAAAUUAAUAUCACGACUUCCGAUUGGUUCACUCUGGAAUAUCUCUUGGCGUGCACUUCCACUACAAUUACACUUGUGCAGUCUCAUCUGGAAAACAAGGAUUUCGAUGUGAUACUCAGGAAUUGGAUGAUUGGAGGGUUACCAAAUUUAAAAUAUCUAGAGAUUAUCAGCAUGAGCUUUACAGAUAAUGGAAAACAUAUUCUGGGAAUGAAUUUGAGGGAAUUAGCUGGGAAGGUUAUCCAAACUAAUGAUGGAUCAAAGAAGGCAACUAUCAGAAUUAUCUCCCGAAGUAUUAAAAUAUCUGUGACUCCUUUUGAAUAA